AUGGAUGAUAAAAUUAGCAAGAUUAAUGAAAUUGCAGAAUGGAAUCAAGUUGAAAUUAGCAAUAAAUCUAACAAUGAUCCAAUUAAACUUUUUACUGUUGAAGUUAAGGAUUUGGUCACAACUGAAGAAAUUAUGAUGUUGGGUGAAUUAUCAAUGGAUGAUUAA